AUGAAUCAACUUUCAUUACUCGCAACUAAGACACACUACAUAGAUGCCAUUAAGAUCAAGUGGUAUUUACAAUUUGCUGAAGCCAGUGAAUGUUUAAACGCAAAGAACCUCCCUUUAUCUUAUUUUAAAUUUCAAUUUACUGACUGUAUAAGUAAAAUAGACUCUGUAAUUGGCCAAUUAGAAUGCUUCAUUGACUUCUUUAUCCGUCCACCUCACUAUAAUCAUGUUGAGCUUGAUCCUGAAAGCAAUAAAUUAGAUAUUUUUAUUUUAUAG